AACUCUCGAAAAACAAAAGGAUUAAAAUUAACACGCAAUGGAAAACUCGGAAGUUGCUGAGUUAGCUCAACAAAUCAUCGAGUUGGACAACACGAUUCAUCGUUUGAGGCGUACCACCGAUGAUCUGAUGAACCAAUUGAAGGCUGACGCGCAUGCGCUGGAUACAGAUUCAAUGAUGGAUGCUCUGUUCCUUGGUGCACACGAGUUGAGAUCGUUGAUUUUUAAAAUCGAACGAGCGUUGGAUGGUUCUGGACCCGAUGUCAGAGAAAAACUCGCACGUGCGUUCAGAGAUGGCGCACACGUGUCUCACUUGUGCCAAGAGAUGACUGGAUUGAUGACCAACACGUCCUCUGAAAACCAAGAGAUGUGAGAUCGCUAACUUCGAAUUUCAUGUUUAGGUUUUUUUUUUUUUUUUUUUUUCCCUUCACGUCUUUAAAUUUUAGUCUAUUUCUUAAUCGAAAAAAGGAGUUUAAAUUUAUAUUUAGAUGAUUUUGAAGUUUUUUAAUUAAUAUUACGGUAUAU